GCUUCCCGUGGUAUCUCCGGUUUCUGGAGCCUGACCUUGGCGACGGCUGCAGGGACUGCCGCCGGCAGUCGAAGGAAGAGCCUGCGGCUGCGAGCGGCCUCGAAGGAGGCCUUCUCUGUGGCGGCAGAGGUCUUCGAAGAGGACGAGGUGGAUGUCGCCAUUAUCGGCGCAGGCCCAGCAGGGACCUUGCUGGCCUACUUGCUCGCCGAGCAGUACGGGAAGAAGGUGAAUCUCAUCGACCCGAAGGCCGACAAGAAGUGGCCCAACAACUACGGAGUUUGGCAGGCCGAAUGGGAGGCCUUGGCUGAGAAGUUGGAGCUGGAUCUGGGCAGCUGCUUGGGCAGCAAGUGGCAAGUGACGGACUGCUACUUCGGCGGCUCUUGGGAGAUGCCGGAUGAGAGCCAGCUGCGCCUCGACAGACCUUACGGCCGAGUUGACAGGGACAAGCUCAAGGCGCUGCUGCGAAGCAGUUCGAAGGUGCAGGUGCUAGAGAAGGAGGUGGAGUGUCAGGUGGUGGCCACCAACAUCUAUGACAGCCCUGCCAUCCGACAUACUUCAGCUGGCUCCGUCAUGUUGCUCUCCGACGGCUCUGCCGUGCGGACAAAGCUCAUUGUGGACACCACCGGCUUCGAGUCUCGCCUCACUCGGCGCCUUUCGGCCGCUGGAGAGCCGCCGGCUCCGGCACCCGGCUAUCAGAUCGCCUACGGCUGCGAGGUCGUGGUGGACGGUUCUUUCCACUACGCACCCGAGGCCAUGACGCUGUUCGACUAUCGUACGGACCACCUCCGUUUCGAUCCAGAGUGGGAAAGCCGAGCAGAGAAGGAGCCAACCUUCAUGUACGUCAUGCCGCUUGGUCCGGUAGAAGGCGAGCCUGGCGCCCAAAGAGUCUUCUUUGAAGAGACCUCCUUGGUUGCCCGGCCGGCCGUGAGCUUCGAGGAGUGUAAGAGACGAUGCUUCCAGAGACUCAAACAUCUAGGUAUCUCCUACCGGGAGAGCACCAUCACCGACGAGGAGUUCUGCUACAUCCCCAUGGGCGGCCCUCUUCCUGAGCCCGGGCAGCGCAUCGUCGCCUUUGGAGCGGCUGCGGCCAUGGUACAUCCCUCCACAGGCUACCAGCUCUGUCGGAUGAUGUCCGCUUCGAAGGACGUUGCGGCUGCCAUCGCCGGAGAGUUGAACAGCGGCUCCCCGCCGGAUGCCGUGGCUGCGGCGGCAUAUGAGGCUAUCUGGAGCCGGGGCCCUGGCGCAAAACUUGUCCCCAUCAUGGUGAGGUUUCUCAUGGAGCUGGACGUGGCCGGCCUUCGGGGAUGGUUUCAGGGCUUCUUCAACUUGCCGGAGGCACUGAAACUGGUCGGCGGCAUUGCACGCUUUUCGCUGACCUACGGUACAACGCUGCUCCGCUCCGUGACACCCCUCUUCGGCUCCCCACCAAGUUACGCAUGGACCCCGCCGGUGCCGAAAGAAGAGGUGGGCGAUGUGCCUGCAAAGUUGGAGGCCCUGCGAAUGAUGAAGGAGUCGCAUGGGAAGGAGACGGAGCCCAAAGGACUGGACCGUGUCGACAACGCGAAUGCAGGCGACGUGCACUCGUAUUUGCGGCUUUGGCUCUGUGGCCGCUUGUCCGUCGCGGCCUGGGCCCAGGUGGAGAUCAGCCACUUGCAAGCUGGAGUGCUUCAAGGAGAUGAGAUCCACCAGCUGGUGCAAUACUUGGAUCACGAAGGAUCGGGCAGGGUGUCCUACCAGAGCUUCCGCACGAUGGUCGUGCGCUUCUUGGCAACCAGUCGGGACUUCCACUACGCUUUGUCCCCGGAAGAGUUCAACGCCAUCAUGUUCAGGAUCGAGUCCCGGCUGGCAUCCAACGGGACAACCAUCGGGCAGGCCCUUGCAGAGCUGGACUCCAGCAAUUCGGGUGCUCUGUCCGACACGGAAUUCAUGCAAAGUCUGCGCUUGCUGCGCCUGGGCCUCUCCAACAAGGAGGUGGCGCAGGUGUUCAACUCCCUGAGCGCCAACUCUUUCAAGGCCGCAGGCACCUCCGAGCUACCGAAUCCUUUGAUGAGGGGUCAGGUGUCCAUAGACCUCUUCGCAUCCCUGGUGGCCAGAAGCAGCAAGGACAGCCGCCUGAAGGCCGAGGAACUCAAGCACAUGCAGGUGCAACUCUUUAAUUUCCACGACCUUAUCCAGAAAGGUCCCGCCACCAUCGGUGCAACACUCGGCCGCCUCAUGCUCUUCGUCUUGGUUGCGGUUCUUGAGGCGGUCCUCGACGCACAGCGUAUUGAGUACCGUGCCCUUCGGGCCAUGUCCUAUGUCCCGCUCCGUCUUCGCCAGGCACUACGCCGAUCCACCGGUGCGGCAGUUCUUGGCCCGCCGACCCCGGGGGUGUUUGUUGCAAUGCAAGUUUGCCCCUUUGUUACGUUGCGGACCAGGGACGACCAAGCCGUUUGCUCAGCAAUUGACACAGACCUGGGCCUUGGCUUCGUGCGAAGCCUGGGCUGGCUUUCCGUUUUCCUGCUGCUCGGCGAGGCGGCCCGCCGUGCUUACCGGAUCCGGCUCUACGCCAUCCAGGAGUAUGGCCCGGUAAUUCAUGAAUUCGACCCUUGGUUCAACUACCGCGCGGCGGAAUACUUGGCAACUCACGGCUGGAAGAAGUUCUUCACGUGGUUCGACCACCAGUCUUGGUAUCCACUGGGCCGCCCUGUGGCAACGACGAUCUAUCCCGGCAUGCAGAUAACAGCCGUCGCCUUGUGGCAGAUGCUGCGACAGUGGGAACCUUCCUGGACUCUCAACCUGGUUUGCUGCUACAUGCCGGCAUGGUUGGGGGCCGUUUCGAGCAUCUUCUCCGGGCUUCUGGCCUCGGAGUGCCUUGGGGGCCUUGGGGCCCAGGGCGGUGCGGGUGCCGGCGCCGCGGCCGUGCUGUCGAGCUUGGUCAUGGCCCUGCUCCCCGCUCACCUCUCGAGGUCCGUCGGAGGAGGCUUUGACAACGAGUCCGUCGCAGUGCCCGCGAUGUGUGCGACCUUCUUCUUCUGGUGCAGAGCUCUCCGGUCAAAGAGCUCCUGGCCCAUCGCGGCCAUGGCAGGGCUCGCCUACGCCUACAUGGCAGCGUCCUGGGGCGGCUACAUCCUCGUACUGAACAUGGUCGGCCUGCACGCAGGUCUCUUGAUGCUGCUGGGUUCGGAAGGUGAGCUCUAUGCCGCUUACACCCUCUUCUUCACUGUGGGGACGGCGCUGGCCAUCCAGGUGCCGGUGGUGUCCUGGGCUCCACUUCGCUCUGCAGAGCAGCUUGGGCCACUGGUGCUGUUCUUUGCCUUGCAGCUCCGAAAGGCUUUCCAGCUCUUCUCCAAGAACUCUGCUCGUGAGCUCGGGCUCCUGGCGAUCUUCGUCCUGGUUGUUGCCCUCCUCAUCCCCUCAGGAUUUAUCGGCCCCUUCUCGGUGAGGGUCCGGGCCCUCUUUGUGAAACACACGAAAACCGGGAACCCCUUGGUGGACUCCGUGGCCGAGCAUCAACCAGGUAGCCCCGACGCCUUCCUGAGAUAUCUCGGCCUCGUCUCCUAUGUGGCGCCCUUGGGAGUUCCGGCCCUCCUCCUGGGACCCCGCAAGGAUGUGGCCCUCUUCUUGCUGACGCUCGGCGCCGUAAGCCUUUUCUUCUCCCUGCGCAUGCGGCGCCUGGUGAUUCUGAUGGCUUUGCCCGCCUCGGCCCUCACAGGCUGCGCUCUGGGCCUCGCCUUCGAGCAAUUGCUGGCCCGGCCCUUUUUGGGACCCGAGAAAGCGGGCUCCGGAAAGCUCUGGAACCGCGGAGCUCUGCGCGUGCUUCGGCUUUGCGGUGGUUCCGUGCUCGGUUAUCACCUCUGGCCAAAGGCCCAAGAGUUCCUCGAGUUCUGCGAGGACAAGGCUCGCUGGUCCCUGUCGCACCCCACGAUCGUCACCAAGGCCCGGAAUGGGCAAAUCAUCGAUGACUACCGAGAAGCCUACAACUGGCUCAAGGAGAACACGCCGGAAGAUGCUCGGGUGAUGGCCUGGUGGGACUACGGCUACCAAAUUGCUGGGAUCGCCAACAGAACGACCAUAGCUGAUGGAAACACCUGGAACCACGAACACAUCGCCCUGCUGGGCUUGUGCCUUUCUUCUCCAGUGCCUGAGGCCCAUGCCAUCGCCCGGCAUUUAGCCGACUACGCCCUGGUUUGGGCCGGGGGUGGUGGGAAGGAUGAUGUAGGUAAGUCCAAACACAUGGCCCGCAUCGCCAACUCCGUCUACAAGGGUCAUUGUGCCGAGGAGGAUUGCGACGCCUACGGUAUCUUCCCGGACGGCCCGGCCGAGCAAGAUGAUGAAAGCCUCCUUGGUCUACGGCCUUUGUGGCCGAACUGA